AUGAGGCUCAACUGCGGUGUAUCUCAUCUCACCUUAGCACUGAGACAAUUGAGGUCUCCAAUAGGCACAAGCUCAAAGAGGCUGUUAUCCACAAAGCCACACUUAUUCCAGUUGAAGGCUUCAAGUGAUAACGCGCUUCCGAACGGUCCAAAGCAGCACCCGCGCUUAUCCCAGUGGAAGAUCAUAAGACACUUGAUGUCGUACCUAUGGCCAAAGAAUAACUUUGGGUUCAAAGUGCGUGUUGUUGUGGCGCUGUCUUUCCUUGUGCUUGCAAAGUUGCUCAACGUUCAGGUGCCGUUCUACUUCAAGUCUAUCAUUGACGGUAUGAAUAUCGACUGGACCAACGAGGUUGGCUUGGUGUCUACAAUCAUCGGGGGUACAAUCUUAGCGUACGGUGGUGCAAGAUUCGGUGCAGUGCUCUUUGGAGAGCUGAGAAAUGCCAUCUUCGCAACUGUUUCUCAGAGUGCAAUCAGAAAAGUGGCACAUAAUACGUUUAGACAUUUGCUCAACUUGGAUUUGGGAUUCCACUUGAGCAGACAGACAGGUGGGUUAACAAGAGCAAUCGACCGUGGUACAAAGGGUAUUAGCUAUGUGUUAACUGCCAUGGUGUUCCAUAUCCUGCCGAUUACUUUUGAAAUCUCUGUUGUGUCUGGUAUCUUGACGUAUAACUAUGGUAUGAACUUUGCUGCUGUUACUCUACUCACCAUGUUGGCAUACAGUAUAUUCACCAUCAGAACAACUGCUUGGAGAACUGGAUUCAGAAGAAGAGCAAACAACGCCGACAAUAAGGCUGCAAGCGUUGCACUUGAUUCCUUGAUUAACUUUGAAAGUGUCAAGUAUUUCAACAACGAGGCUUAUCAGGCAAAGAAGUACGACAUGGCUCUGCAAAAAUACCAGGACUUCUCCAUUAAAAUUGCCACUUCUCUUGCUUUCCUGAACUCUGGCCAAAACUUGAUCUUCACGUCAGCGUUGACAGCAAUGAUGUAUAUGGCUGCUGAUGGUGUUGCUUCAGGUUCCUUAACGGUUGGUGACUUGGUGUUGAUUAACCAGUUGGUGUUCCAACUGUCAGUGCCUUUGAACUUUUUGGGCUCUGUUUACAGGGAGUUGAAACAGUCAUUGUUGGACAUGGAGACUCUGUUCCAAUUGCAGAAGAAUCAAGUGCUCAUCACGAGUAAACCAAAUGCGCCACCUUUGAUGUUGAAGAAAGGAGAAAUCAGAUUCGAAAACGUCACGUUUGGAUAUCACCCACAACGUCCAAUUUUGAAUAACUGUUCGUUUGUCAUACCAGGUGGUGAGAAGGUUGCCAUUGUUGGCCCUUCUGGCAGUGGUAAGUCUACCAUUCUCCGUCUUGUUUUCAGAUUCUACGAUAUCCAGUCCGGUCGGAUCCUUAUUGACGGUCAAGAUAUCCGUGAUGUCGAUUUGGAAUCUUUGAGACGUGCUAUUGGUGUUGUUCCGCAGGAUACACCUUUGUUCAAUGACACAAUUCUCGAAAAUGUGCGCUAUGGUAAUUUGGAAUCAAGUGACGAAGAAGUUAACCGUGUCAUAUCUGAGGCCAAAUUGGAUAGAUUGGUUAACGAUUUACCUGAUGGUUUACAAACCAUUGUAGGUGAACGUGGUAUGAUGAUAUCUGGAGGUGAAAAACAAAGACUUGCCAUUGCCAGAGUGUUGUUGAAGAAAUCGCCAAUCACGUUUUUCGACGAAGCUACAAGUGCCCUUGAUACCCACACCGAACAAAGUCUGUUGAGAACGAUACGCGGUGUUUUCAAGAACACCGGUAACACCAAUGUCUCCAUUGCCCAUAGAUUGAGAACUAUAGCUGAUAGCGAUAAGAUCAUUGUUUUAGAGAAGGGUGAAGUUAAGGAGGAAGGUGAUCACCAGUCUCUCUUGAAGAAAGAGGGUAGUCUCUAUGGCGAGUUGUGGAACAUCCAGGAGAACUUGGACUUGGACAGAGAGCUUCUGGAAGAUGACAAGAAAAAGGAGAAGAAACUUUCUGAAUGAAUGUGUGUUCCAUUGGAUCAUUUUUUAACUAAAGAUAUUUAUGAACAUCAAGAUAACCAAACCAAAAGAAGAAGGAGGAAAAGGAAACAAAGCAAGUUGAAAGUAUUCCAUCCUCAAAUGUGUAUCAAAAGCACAAAGAAAACAUCACCACUACAUAGUAUGCCCAUUAUUAUAUUUGAUUUGAAUCAU